GAUCGCCAGGGAGAGAGCGGAGGAAGGAGGAACCAAGUGAUGCCGGAACCUGUUUUUAGAGGGCUGUAGGGUUCCGGAGCGCAAAGACUACUGGGACUGGCGCCCAGGGAGUCUUGGGCGGGCUUUGCUGAAGGAAAGGAGGAAGAAGGAGCACUAUGAAUCAAACUGAUGAAACAAAUGUGAGAAAAAUAAGCAUGGUGAAUCUCGACAAACUUAUAAAUGACUUCUCGAAAAUAGAAAAGAGAAUGUCAGAAAUCAGUUCAAAGAACAACAAAUUAGAUAUUCAGUUGGACAAGACUAACUCUUUGCUAACCUUCAUGCAAACCCAAGAGAACUCCUUUAAAGACGAAUAUACUACUUUGCAGAAUGUGAUAAAUGGACUACAGAAAACCAUUGAAAAUCAAUAUGAUUUGAAAGAUGAAAACGAGCAGCUAAAGAAAAGCAAUGACAUCUUGAAGGAGAAGUUAAAAUCUCAUGAGCAGGAAUAUAAGCGGCAAAUUGACAAACUUGUAAGGGAAAUUCAAACUAAAGAAGAAGAACACAAGAUGGAAAUCAGAAAAGCUAAUCUGGACAUGCAAAAAAAAUUUGAGUUAAAUGAAGAAAAACACAAAGAAGUGAUGGAGAAAAAGGAAAUGGAGAUUUCAGAGUUGACCACAAAGUUAAGAACUCAAGAUAUGGAUAAACAGAAUGAGAUCAUCAAACUACAAAUAGAGUUUAAUGCUCAACUGGCAAGAGCUCAAACAAAAUCAGCAAAAUCAUAUCCUGAUUCAACUGUUUUGCCUCAGAAUAUCUACAGAAGGAAGCUCCAGCAUCUCCAAGAAGAAAAAAACAAGGAAAUUGCCAUUCUUCGUGAUACCAUUAGAGAUUUAGAGCACCGCCUCACUGUUAGCAAGAAUUUUCAGUUUAAAAGAAAGCGGCCUUGAUCACAACCAGCAUAGAUCACAACUCUGCUUUCCUGUCAACCUCUUUUACACAGGAGUCGGGAUAGAUCAGGAUCACACCAACAGCUAAUCUCACAAACACACACACAAAGUUUAAACGUUGUUUUAUUGAGAGUUGGUUCUUCUUUUUUACAAUCCCACACAUUUAGCACAUUUCCAAGUCUACUUAACUUCUUGCUUAUUAGUAUGAAC